AUGGUGCGGUUAAGUGCAGCCUGGAGCUGCGGUUCUUUGGCCCUGAUUGCGUUGAUAUCCACUGUCGCCUCCUCCACUGCGGAUUACCCGGGUGUCAUCGAACUGGUGGGCUACAGCAACCGCCGCGCACGGACCUACUUCCAGGAGCAGCCCCGCUCCAGUCCCAAUCCCAAGCCCGGCUUAACUUCAGCCAAAACCCGGGCGGAUAUUGAGACCGUGAAGAGGAAUAUCCGUAAAUACGAUCGGUUGCUAGAGUUGGAUACGAAGAAUCUGCCCGAGCAGCAGAAGGAUAUGCUGGCCAGGAUUGUGGAGCGCGUGGCCAGGCUCAAGGAAUCCCUGGACAUUGAGGAGCAGCAGUUCAACCAGCAGGAAUCUACCUCCGCCAAGAGCAGUAGUAGUACCACCACUAGCACCUCCAGUACCCAAGAAUCGCAAACAGAAGCGGACACGGAGCGGGAUCAGGAGACGCUCGAGCAGAGCACACAGCUGCCCACUGGAGCCACCGAAGCUGAAACGGAUCCCACCCUAAUCCUAGACGAAACCACGCUGCUGGAGCUGCAGAAUACGAUGAACGAGCAGGCAGCCAUGAGCACCAUAAUGAAGGAAAUGCCCACGACCACGGAUGUGAGUCAACAGGAAGCGGAGUCGGAGGCCACCGAUGAGGAGGGCGAGACCACCUCCCCCAAUCUGACCACCCAAUCCGAGGCAGCGACCACCAGUGAUGAGUCUCUCACCGAUUCCACUGAUCCCGAUGACCAAUUUGUAGCUGCCAGAUCAAACAACAACAUAGCGGCCAUAACGGCAGCGGACGAUGCCGAUGGCACCACCACAACCACCGCGAAUACGGGCAGUCAGCAGCGCACGUUGACCACCAUGGGAAAGCUGAAGAAUCGGGCCACCAAGCGACCCUUCGCCCACAAGGUCACCGCCGCCCUGAAACGAGGAGGUCAGCGUCCGAGUAGCGUGAGUGCGGCAGCUGCUAAUGCGGCAGCGGCCUCAAAACCCAGUAGCAGCACCACUGCCGCCGCCAGCAGCACCACUCAAAAGCAGAAAUUGGCCACCAACAGUUUCCAGCAGAAGCAGCAGCAAGCAAAGCCCCUGCAAAAGGUGACACCCUCGAUCGGAGGCGGUGGCUCAUCCAACCCGUCCUCAGCAUCUAUUCCCUCGGCCACCACGAAUUCUGCAUCUCCUGCCCUGCCCAUCGAGCAAUUGUAUACCCGUACUCCCCAGGCCAAUAUCCCAUUGGCGGCAGCGGCAGCAGCAGCUUCCUCAUCCUCGGCAGCGGCAGCAGGAUCAGCAGGAUCGGGAGCCACGCCAUCCACCUACAGCAGCCAGCAUGACAGCAUGGUAUACGAUGCACAUGUCAAUGCGUCGGCCUUGAUCGACAGCCUCAACACAAACGCUCGGGAGGAAUAUUACCAGCAGAAACUAGGAGCAGGAGUCAACAAGGAUAACAAGAAAACGGCGACAGCGAAACCGACGAAAUAUCAUUAUUAUCCGCACAAUCAGCACAUCUAUCUGCUGCCCGAGUGUGCCAUUCAGCAAGUUUGUAACGCCGUCUACGUGAGAUUGAACUACACCCAACCACUGUGCGCCUGUCCAUCAAGAUAUCGUGAUCCCUGCUCGGCCAGUCUGAAUGAAGAUGAUCAGCAUACCACAAAAUUGGUUGGCGAUACUAAGAAGAAGGCCAUCACGUUGGCCAAAACCUGCGAGGCCACCACCGAGAUGCGCGAGUGCCGCUCACCCAAGGACUGGUCCCUUCUGGCGCUCCAAAACACACGAACUGGCAAGUCGCACUACUUGGUCAUCUGCCGCUGUCCCGACCACUUCAAGAUGGAGGGACCCAUGGCCCAUGACCAGCCCACCUAUGCCAGCGUGCCCGGAAUCCGAGUUUUCGGCAUGAUGUGUGUAAAGCCGGGAUACUCGGUGCGCAAGCCCAGCAACCAGCCACCCAAGAGGUAUCAACUCCAGAAGCCGUUCUAUCGUCCGUCUGUGGGAACCACCGUGGGCGGCCAGAAGGAUAGCUACGGCAGACCCAUCUACGGUGGUGGCAGCUCCUCGGGCAGCUCGGCCAUCAGCUCCAACUACCAGCCGCAGGACUCGAGCUUCCAGAACGGAGGAAGCAGUUCGUAUCAGUAUCUCAACCGACCGGAGAGCGGCGGCAGCCACAGCUCCGCCAACUUCCGUCCGGAUCAGUUCUCGAUCAACAACUUCCCGAGCAGCAACUACGGACGCAACAACGAGCGGCGCGGCGAUCUGCCGCCCAUCGAGGCCAUUUCGAGUGGAUCGGGAACCGGAGCCGAGGAGCAACCGAGCAGCAGUACUCCAGCGGCAGAGGAGGAGGCCAGAACCACUCUGCAGGCAGAACAGGAGGCGGAUCCGGCGGCCGCAGCACUUCCAGUGGCAGCGGAACUGACCACCACGGCGGAGGAGGCUGGACUCGGAAGCCGGACCAGGCGAUCCCUACCCGAUACGGAUGACUAUGAGCCGGAGUUCCCGUGGGAUCGCGUGCUCGAGUUCCAGCAGAGCAUCAUUUGGGACUAAGUUCCGGAAAUACCAAGCAACCAAUCCUAGUAGAUACAAUUUCAAUAGCACAAGGCGACAUUUCCGGCGACUAUAAAACUGUGCAAAAAUCAA